CAAAUGCAAAGAGCUUGAUAUAAUUAUAGACGUACGUCACGUGAACAUUUUAAAACAGUUGGAGGUGCAAGUGAUCUAAUGAAGGCAAAGAGUAAGCCUUAUGAGGGUGUUAGCGAAUCGGAUUGGGAAUAUAUAUGUAAUUGUUGGAGCGACCCUUCAUAUCUGCAAAAAGCUUUGAAGAAUGCUGAGUCAUGUAAGAUAAGAAAAUGGAUUUCUAGAAACAGAUCUAAGAGUACAGCACGCCAUCACAUUAGUCGUGGGGUUGAGUUAAAUGCUUCUGUUGGUCAUAUUGAGACGUGGCGUCUCCGUUAUUGGCAUCCAGAACGUGGUUGGGUAUCUGUAGAAGCUGAAUCUAAAUAUGUAAGUGUACUUCACAGACUGUGUGUGUUAACCAUGACAUCUUUUAUUCAAAUUAACUAGUUUUACAUUAUUGACAUAUAUACAUGC